AUGAAGCUCCUCUUCCCAGUUCUGCUGUCCCUCGGGGCCCUUGGACUGUGUCUGGCUGCCCCUAGGAAAAGCGUUCGAUGGUGCACCAUAUCACCAGCAGAGGCAGCAAAAUGCGCCAAAUUCCAAAGGAAUAUGAAAAAAGUGAGAGGCCCCUCUGUCUCCUGCAUAAGGAAAACCUCCAGCUUUGAGUGCAUCCAGGCCAUCGCGGCAAACAAGGCAGAUGCUGUGACCCUCGAUGGCGGUUUGGUGUAUGAGGCAGGCUUGCACCCCUACAAACUGCGACCUGUGGCAGCGGAGGUCUACCAGACCAGAGGGAAGCCACAAACCCGCUAUUAUGCUGUGGCCGUAGUGAAGAAGGGCAGCGGCUUUCAGCUGAACCAACUGCAGGGCGUGAAGUCCUGCCACACAGGCCUUGGCAGGUCCGCUGGGUGGAACAUCCCUAUUGGGACACUUCGUCCAUACUUGAACUGGACAGGGCCACCUGAGCCCCUUCAGAAAGCUGUGGCCAACUUCUUCUCUGCCAGCUGUGUUCCCUGCGCAGAUGGAAAACAGUACCCCAACCUGUGUCGCCUGUGUGCGGGGACAGAGGCAGAUAAAUGUGCCUGCUCCUCCCAGGAACCAUACUUUGGCUACUCUGGUGCCUUCAAGUGUCUGGAAAAUGGGGCUGGAGACGUGGCUUUUGUCAAGGAUAGUACAGUAUUUGAGAACCUGCCAGAUGAGGCUGACAGGGAUAAGUAUGAGCUGCUCUGCCCAGACAAUACUCGGAAGCCAGUGGAUGCAUUCAAGGAGUGCCACCUGGCCCGGGUUCCUUCUCAUGCUGUUGUGGCCCGAAGUGUGGAUGGCAGGGAAGACCUGAUCUGGAGGCUCCUCCACAGGGCACAGGAGGAGUUUGGAAGAAACAAGUCAUCGGCGUUCCAGCUCUUUAAGUCCACUCCUGAGAACAAGGACCUGCUGUUCAAAGACUCUGCCCUUGGGUUUGUGAGGAUCCCCUCACAGAUAGAUUCUGGGCUGUACCUCGGUGCCAACUACCUCACUGCCACCCAGAACCUGCGGGAAACGGCGGCGGAGGUGGCGGCGCGGCGCGAGCGGGUUGUAUGGUGCGCCGUGGGCCCCGAGGAGGAGCGCAAGUGCAAGCAGUGGAGCGACGUGAGCAACCGGAAAGUGGCCUGCGCCUCGGCGUCCACCACCGAGGAGUGCAUCGCCCUGGUCCUGAAAGGAGAAGCGGAUGCGCUGAACUUGGAUGGAGGAUUUAUCUACGUUGCGGGCAAGUGUGGUUUGGUGCCUGUCCUGGCAGAGAACCAAAAAUCCCAGAACAGCAAUGCCCCAGAUUGUGUGCACAGACCACCAGAAGGGUAUCUGGCAGUGGCGGUUGUCAGGAAAUCAGAUGCUGACCUCACUUGGAAUUCUCUGAGUGGCAAGAAGUCCUGCCAUACCGGCGUGGGCAGGACCGCAGGCUGGAACAUCCCCAUGGGCCUGCUCUUCAACCAGACAGGCUCCUGCAAGUUUGAUAAAUUCUUUAGUCAAAGCUGUGCCCCUGGAGCUGACCCACAAUCCAGUCUCUGUGCACUAUGUGUUGGCAACAACGAGAAUGAGAACAAGUGCAUGCCCAACAGCGAGGAGAGAUACUAUGGCUACACUGGGGCUUUCAGGUGCCUGGCUGAGAAGGCUGGAGACGUUGCAUUUGUGAAAGAUGUCACUGUCCUGCAGAACACAGAUGGAAAGAACAGUGAACCGUGGGCUAAGGAUUUGAAGCAGGAGGACUUUGAGCUACUGUGCCUUGAUGGCACCCGGAAGCCUGUGGCUGAGGCUGAGAGCUGCCACCUGGCCAGGGCCCCAAAUCAUGCUGUGGUAUCUCAGAGUGAUAGGGCACAACACCUGAAAAAGGUGCUGUUCCUCCAACAGGAUCAGUUUGGAGGAAAUGGACCUGACUGCCCGGGCAAGUUUUGCUUAUUCAAGUCUGAAACCAAAAACCUUCUGUUCAACGACAACACUGAAUGUCUGGCUGAACUCCAAGGCAAAACAACAUAUGAGCAAUAUUUGGGAUCAGAGUAUGUCACGUCCAUCACUAAUCUGAGACGCUGCUCGAGCUCCCCGCUUCUGGAAGCCUGCGCCUUCCUGAGGGCAUAAAGUCAGAGAAGACGGCCCGGUGUCCCUGGGGGAGCCUCAGCCCCUCGCCGCUCCCAGCCUUCACCCCCUUCCUGAGAGUGAUGCUCGCCAGACUCAUCUGCUUUCACAGUUUCCGCUGUCAUCUUAGCAAGAAAUAAAAUGAG